CGCUAGCGUACGAACACGUUCACCUGUGCGUCUCGCCGGAAUCAUGCUGAUCGUGUACACGCGUCCGGACCUAUCCGGAAACUUAUAAAGCCCUUUUUUGCGACGACGUGUUUUUUACUGUGACAUUGUGUGGUUUAGUGCCGCUUGUUUUUCCGUUUGCAUCCCGUGGGACUACCUGUAUCAGCACUGGAACAUCUAAUGCCCAUUGUGGCUUCUAUCAACACCCUCAUCGGCUCUUGUGAGAAUAUGGAGGCUACUUAUUGCGUCGGGAAUGAUGUAGACGUCGGGAGAAUGUUUGAUCAGUACUUGUACAAGUUAAGAACUCAGGCGCCUGCGUCAGGACAUUACCCAUCGCACCAUAACAACAAUAUACGGAGAACUGAAAAUUUGGACGUUGCGCUCAGUGUUCCUCAGACAUUUCAAAGUAACGGUUACGACAUGGGCGAUCAGACGUUUCAUACUCCGAGUUUUGGCGAUGAGGAAUUCGACAUUCCAGCGAUCAAUCCAGAGCAGCAACACGCGGCAAAUCAGUAUCAGCAGCAGCAACAACUUAAUAUGCAACAAAUGAACCAGCAGCAGGACAAUAUGGGAAUGCACGACCCUUCCGGCGGAUACCAACAGCCGUUGUACCUCUCAGGCCCCGAUCACGGCAUCGUAAACCCCUCCUAUCACAGCCCUCAGCCGCAACCGAAUUAUGCGAUGAGUCCCGGACAACAACAGCACAACAAUCAGUUGUUGAUGAUGCAACAGCAGCAGCAGAUGAUGAUGAGCCACGGUCAGCCACCCCCCGGCGCUUUAGGACAGUACAACGCCUCUCCGACGCAAGGACGGGGUGGAAAUAGCCCACCUGCCGCUCCGGGACAAGAACCAACUACCAGCGAGGACUCAGACGAUAGCACUCCACAUCCUGCAAUUAUCACCGCAAUGAAACGGCCGUCUCCCGAACCUGCGGAUCAAGGGUUAGCAAAAGUUCAAAAGAAGCCCAAAGUACAGAAAAAAAAGAAGAAGAAGGAUCCUAACGAACCACAAAAGCCUGUGUCCGCAUAUGCGUUAUUUUUCCGUGAUACUCAAGCUGCCAUUAAGGGACAAAAUCCUAGUGCAAGUUUCGGUGAGGUUUCGAAAAUUGUUGCUUCAAUGUGGGAUGCAUUGGAUUCGGAACAUAAGAAUGUAUAUAAAAAGAAAACAGAAGCUGCUAAGAAGGAAUAUUUGAAAGCUUUAGCUGCCUAUAGGGCGAGUUUAGUUUCAAAAGGAGCCGGUGAAGGAGACGGUAUGUACGGAAAUUAUGGCAAUUACGGCGCGGGACCACCUCCUCAGUAUAACGCCUACUCGCCACAAAACACCUUACCCUCACCACCAAUGACGACAGCACCCGCACCUACGAGCCAGCAGCAACCGCUCAUGGCCAAAAAGCCUAUGAUGAGUCCGAUGAACGGACAGCAACAUCAAGCGAUGUUACAAUCACCUAUGGGUCCAGUGCCAAAUCAUAUGAACAUGCCCCAGCACAUGCCGCAGGGACACAACACAACCUACAUGCAACAGCAGCAAGUCGCCCAGCAGCACAUGCAGCACGUAUCGCCACCACCGAUGGUGUCAACCUCGCCUCCCGUCUCAUCGGCCGGACCGGCGGCUUCCCAAGUUCCCCCCAACUCGGCGCAGCCGAACGUUGGCCAAGGUCCGAUGCGCCCACCUAACUCCUGCAUUCGUAACGGCUGCCCCAAUCCAGCCAUCUCCAACGCCGAAUGGGAAGACGAGUACUGCAGCAAUGAGUGUGUUGUCAGUCACUGCCGGGACGUAUUUUCCAAUUGGGUGGCGACAAAUCAAAAUCAAUCACAAAAUUACUCGACCGUUAAAUAAAUUUCGAAUAGAUAAGAGAGUUUAUAUUCGAAAACUUUAGCAAUACUGAGAUGGUAGUUAUGUUUUACAUAUAGGUGGUGACUGCAAAGUCUGGACAUGUUUUAAGAAUAAAGUUACGAGUUAUGUAAAUAAAAAAUGAUUGAUAAUCAUCACGGUGGGAUUGUAUUGUCGCAGAAAAAUGGAAGCAAUACAGUUUCGCUAAUUUUUAGGUAUACAAAAAAAGACACUUGUAAUCUCAACUUUUUUCUCUCGCUUUGGAAGACUGUUUGAUGCCGUAUUUAUUACUCUUACCUUUGAGAAAAGGGGAGGGACAUUCAGUAAUAAAUACGGGCCCGAUCCGCACUCCAGACUGAGAGGACAUAGCAUUAGUAUAAUGUGUAUAUUACGACAUUUGUUAAUCAUGCUCUGUAUAUGCAUGUAUCUUGAUAAAGUUAAAGUAGGUAGAUAUGUCCAAAGUAAGGUAAAAUAUCAUUACGUUUUAGUUUUUAGGUAAUCUGUGUUGUUGAAAUUUUAUUAAAAAUUGUGAAUAUCAAAAUCAUACCAUAAUAAAUACCGUUCCUUCUU